UGUGUUCCUUUAUCUUUUGAUUUUGAUUUAAUUAUACUUCUUAAGUUGAUCUAAUGUACAAGACAAUGACAAUAUAUAUUUAUAUAGAGGAAUAGAAAAUUAUUGAACUUUUUUCAGUUAAACAAACCACCAAUAAAAAUGUUAGCCCAAAAAAAGGAUCCCGUAGAUGUUGUUAUAUUUCCACAAUAUGAGCCAUUAGUUAUAAACCAGAAAGUUAUUCUGGAUGCAUAUUUAAAUGUAUUUGUUGGUGAAAAGCAACGUCUGCAUAAUUUGGAAGAAAUCAGGUUUGAGGAUAUUCAAACAUUGCGCUUGGAAUUUAAAAAUAUCUUACGGAUUCGACAAUUUGAGAUAUUGCCUAAUCUUACUACACUUGUAUUGUCUGGCAAUAAUAUUGAAAAUAUAGAAUGCUUAGAAAAAGUAACAUCACUGAAGGAACUAGAUCUAAGUUUUAACAAAAUAGAGAGAAUUGAAAACUUAGAUACGUUAGUUAACUUAAAGAGACUUCUACUAGCACAUAAUUUAAUCCCAAAAAUAGAAAAUUUAGAUAAUUUGGUUGAGUUGAAAAUACUUAGCCUAAGCUACAAUAAGAUUAAAACAAUAGAUGGGUUAGAUCGUUUACGUUUCUCUAAAAAUUUCAAAGCAAUAAGUUUGGAAGGCAAUCCUAUAGCUAGUAAUUCGGAUAUUGAUUUGAAAUACUAUACGAUCACAAUACUACCGAACUUAGAAUAUUAUGAUUUCCAAUACAUAACUAUCAAAGAUCGACAGUUGGGGCUUGAAAAAUAUAUUUAUCGACUGCGUGCGAUUGAAGCAGAACAAGAGGAUGAAGUGAAACAACGUUACGAAGCUGAGAAGGAAAUAUCUGAUGCUGAGAAGUUGAUGGGAGCUUUUGUAGAACACUUAAAUGGUCAUCAACUUUUCCGUUCACUAUGGGAAAAUGAUGAAGAUGGUCGUAUACUUUUAAGCAUUGGUGAUGCUGCAGAUGAAAUAGUUACAGAAUAUGACGAGAAGAUGUUUGAAUUAACGCAGGAAAUAUAUAAACAUGGUUUGGAGAAAUAUCACGAGCGUUGUUUAGAGGAGGAGGAAUUUGCUGAAUGCGUUGAUGAAUGUAACAAAGGUUUUCAAGAGACAUGUCAAUUUGAAAUUGAGGAAUAUAUAGCAUAUACAGAUAAGUCAAUAGAAAAAAGCGCUCCAAUUCUAAGAAAAUUGGAGAAAUUUUUAUUGGAUGGUGGAGACGAAGAAUCUUUAGAAUUUGCAACUAUAAUUCUUCGUAUUGAUGAGAUUAUGGAAAAAUUUAAAGAAAAAACUGAUGAAGUAUGGAUAAUUCUGAUGACAGUUGAACUACAUUUACAUGAAUCUAUUGAAGACACAAUUACAUUAUUUGGACGAAAUUUAUAUGACUUAAUAUCAAAAUUUGUGGAGUAUGUGCAAUCAUAUUUUUCUCAACUUCGGGAUGUGGUGCAUACUUUUGUGAAUAAUUUGCAAGACGAGGUCUCUGAGUAUUUAAUAAAUACGAUAGGAACAGAAGAGUAUGAAAAUGUUUUACCAGAACUAAAACACUGUAUGGAAGAUCGCGAUGCUCUUGAUAAUUUAUUAGCAGGUAUGAAAGACGUACAUACUGGACGGAUUGACGAACGUGAAGAUCGUUUAAUAACUCGAAGUAGGGAAUAUGUUGAAAAACUAAUUGAAGAGCUGAAAUUAAAGGAGGAAGAAAGACAUGGACAUAAAAUUCUGGAAAUUAAUGAAUUUAUCGACUACACUACGGACAGAUGGGAUGUUUUUCGUGACGAAAUUAGAGAAGAUUAUUUAAGAUAUGGUGACAAAGAUAAUUCGGUUAGUUCAAAAUAAAUUUGGCAGUGAUAUAUUUAAUUGUAAAUGACAUAUUUUUAUACUAAA